UUACGUGGGGGAUGUCGAGAUAAACGUGGAGGUGAAGAGGUAUUUCUGCAAGGCUGGUGUGAAGGGAAUACAGCUUCAUGGAAUGAUGCGUGUGAUUUUGGAGCCAUUGAUCGGUGACGUCCCAAUCGUGGGUGCUGUGACCAUGUUCUUCAUCCAAAGACCCAAACUGACCAUUAACUGGACCGGUUUGACCAACCUGCUGGACAUCCCAGGGGUCAAUAUGAUGUCAGACACUAUGAUCAUGGACGCGAUUGCCUCGUUCCUGGUUUUGCCCAAUCGUCUCACUGUUCCUCUGGUGGCAGAUCUGCAUGUGGCUCAGUUGAGGAGCCCUCUGCCUAGGGGAGUUGUGCGUAUUCACCUGGUGGAGGCCGAAAGUCUGGCUGCGAAGGACACCAUUGUGUCUGGUGUGUCUGACCCGUACGCCCUGCUCAGAGUCGGGCCGCAAACCUUCAAAUCCCAGCAUCUGGACAAUACACUCAAUCCCAAAUGGGGUGAAAUGUAUGAGGUCAUCGUUCAUGAGGUGCCUGGUCAGGAGCUAGAGGUGGAAGUGUUUGAUAAAGAUCCUGAUCAAGAUGAUUUCCUGGGCAGGACAAAAUUAGACUUGGGGAUUGUGAAGAAAUCUAAAAUAGUUGAUGAGUGGUUCACUUUGAAGGACACCCCUACAGGGCGGGUUCACCUCAGACUGGAGUGGCUGACACUAGAAGCCGACACAGGAAGACUGACAGAGGUUUUGAAGAGAAAUGAAAGUGUGGUGAGUAAAACAGCAAAGCCACCCUCAGCAGCCAUCAUGGCAUUGUAUUUGGACAAGGCUGAGGCACUUCCUAUGAAAAAAGGUAAUAAGGAUCCCAACCCAAUUGCUCAAAUCUCAGUGCAGGAUGUUACUCGUGACAGCCGGAUUUGCUGGAAUACCGUGAACCCUCAAUGGGAGGACGCGUUCACUUUUUUCAUCAGAGACCCAAGCAAAGAGAACAUUAGUGUACAGGUGAAGGAUAAUGACCGUGUACAGGUUUUGGGAAGUCUGUCCAUUCCUGUUUCCCAUCUUCUCUCGAGUCCAGAUCUGACUUUAGAUCAGUGGUUUAAUCUUGAGAAUUCUGGCUCAGAGAGCCGCAUCCACAUCAACACAGUUCUCAGGGUUCUCUGUUUGGAUGAAUCUGCAGUAACUUCCUCCCUCCUCUCCAGUGGCCCUCUUUCGAAGAGCUCUGCCUCGCGUCCACAGAAGACGACGCCCCAUUCCAGCUUCGCUUCUGAGGGGCUGCUGCGGAUCCACCUCGUUGAGGCUCAAAAUCUGGUUGCGAAGGACAACCUGAUGGGUGGGAUGGUGAAGGGGAAGAGCGAUCCGUAUGUCAAGAUACAAAUUGGAGGUGAAACCUUUAAAAGUCAAGUGAUCAAGGAGAAUCUCAACCCCACCUGGAAUGAGAUGUAUGAGGUUGUUUUGACACAGCUUCCUGGUCAGGAUUUGACAUUGGAAGUUUUUGAUAAGGACAUGGACAUGAAAGAUGACUUUAUGGGCAGGCUGAAGAUGAAUCUGAGUGACAUAAUCAGCUCCCAAUACAUUAAUGAGUGGUUUUCUCUGAGCGAUGUGAAACGUGGCCGUGUUCAUCUCGCUCUGGAAUGGCUUCCCACUGUAACACAACCAGAGAAACUCCAGCAGGUGUUGCUGUACCAAUCAAAGACCUCAUACACCAAUAAGACAGUGCCGUCUGCCGCUCUUCUGUUUGUGUAUGUGGAGCGCGCACAUGAGCUUCCUUUGAAGAAGAGUGGAAAGGAACCUAAAGUUGGAGUGGAGCUGAUUUUGAGAGGAACUUCUCAUAGAACCACGGUCUGUGACCGCAACAGCUCUCCCCAAUGGGAUGAAGCGUUUCACUUCCUGGUUCGAAACCCUUUUAAUGAAGACCUUGUUGUUAAGUUAUCCCACAAUUGGGAUUUCUCUCUGGGAUCUGUGGUGAUUCCCAUUAAAGAGCUUCUCUCUGAACCAGAUCUGCUGUUGGACCAGUGGCUCAAUCUGGAUGGAGCGUCACCUCAGAGUCAGAUUCUGCUCAGAGCUCAACUGAAGAUUCUUUGCCCUAAAGCGACGGAGAGCUCUGAAGACCAGCAUGAGAAUCUGAGCUCUGAAGCAUCCAGCAUUAGAAGAAAACAGGAGGAGGAAUUAGUGCAAAAGUCUAGUAUUGAAGAGGUCCCACCGUCUCCUGUCAGCAGGACUUCCUCUGUGUCAGUCCCAGAAGAGGAGGAAUUCCCAGAGGUCACGGAAGUGUCCAGCUCAGAUGACCUUCGACCCCUACACACCAGCCCUGAUCCCUGCUUUGGUACCGAGGGCGUGCUCCGCCUCCACCUGCUGGAGGCUCAAGAUCUGGUUGCGAAGGACAAAAUGGGUGGGAUGAUGAAGGGGAAGAGCGACCCGUAUGUCAAGAUCCAUAUCGGAGACACGACCUUUAAGAGUCAUGUGAUCAAGGAGAAUCUCAAUCCCACCUGGAAUGAGAUGUAUGAGCUGGUUCUGGCCUCCAGCUCGACUUCUGAUGUCCUUGUGGAGGUUUUUGACAAGGACAUGGACAAAGAUGACUUUUUGGGGAGGCUGAAGAUCAGCUUGAAGGAGAUCAUUCAGUCCCAGUUGACUGAUGAAUGGUUUUCUCUGAGUGAUGUCAAACAUGGCCGUGUUCAUAUGAUUCUGGAGUGGCUGCCCACAGUAACACAACCUGACCGACUGCAAAAGGCUCUGCAGUUACAGUCAGAACAUUCGUUCCAGAACAAAUCCAUGCCGUCGGCAGCUCUGUUCUACGUCCUCUUGGAGAGAGCUCAUGACCUGCCGCUGAAGAAGAGUGGAAAGGAACCUAAAGCUGCUGCAGAGCUGAUUUUCGGUGACAUUUCUCGUAAAACCAAGGUGUGUGACCGCACCACAUCUCCUCAGUGGAGUGAAGAUUUUCACUUUCUGGUCCACAACCCAAGAGAGGAGACUCUUAUUAUAAAGCUUUCAAGUGCCUUUGAGCAGCCCUUGGGCUGUGUGGUUCUACCAAUCAGAGAGUUGCUUUCAAAACCAGAUCUACUGAUGGACCAAUGGUUGAGUUUGGAUGGAGCCGGUCCUGACAGUCAAAUUCUGCUGAGAGCACAACUUAAGAUUUUGGACUCGAGAAUGGAUUCAAGUGUCCUUCAUCGUAAAAAGCCUGUUGUUGAAGAACAGCAUUCAGUGGGUGAACAGCAUGUAGAAAAAGCACCAGUCGCUGCUGAACAUUCACAAGCUGCAGUCAGUAAGGAGUCUGAGAGGAAGAAGCUGCCAGCAAAAGGGAUCAGUAACCUAGCAGCCUUUACUCUACCGGUACCUACACCACGGCCUGAAGAACCUCAGAAACAAACAGCCGCCCGUGUCAUGGAUGAGCAUCACACGCCGUCUGCACCCAAAACACAACUAACGGAGGUUAAGGAUCUCACCAAACUUCCUGAUUCCACUUCUAAUGUGGCUGGAUACAUGGAACCAGUAAAAACAUUUGGAUCAUCCCAUGAAGAACAACGUGUGGAUAAACCAGUAGAACAGUCUCACAAGAAGGUUUCUCCCAGUGUUUCUGCUGGAGAGUCUAAAGUCUCUAGUUCAACAGACGUACGACCCCAGAAGACUAGCCAUGACCCCAGCUUUGGCACCAAGGGGGUGCUGCGUAUCCAUCUUUUGGAGGCUCAAGAUCUGGUUGCGAAGGACAACAUGAUGGGUGGGAUGGUGAAGGGGAAGAGCGACCCGUAUGUCAAGAUUCAUAUCGGAGAAACAACCUUUAAGAGUCAUGUGAUCAAGGAGAAUCUCAAUCCCACCUGGAAUGAGAUGUAUGAGAUGAUUCUGAGUCCUGAUCAUAAUCUAGAGGUGAAGUUUGAGGUCUAUGACAAGGAUGUUGACUCUGAUGAUUUCCUUGGAAGGUUCAAGCUCAAACUUGGAGGCAUCAUCAGAUCCCAGUACAAUGAUGAAUGGUUUACUUUGAAUGAAAUAAAACAUGGUCGAGUCCAUUUGGUUCUGGAAUGGCUGCCCACCACAACACAGCGGGAUAGAUUGGAACAAGUAAUGCAGAUGCAAAGCACUCAGUCCUACCAGAACAAAUCUGUGCCAUCAGCAGCGAUGCUGUUUAUUCUUUUAGAGAGAGCUCAUGAACUGCCUUUGAAGAAAAGCGGAAAGGAACCCAAAGCUGCCGCUGAACUUGUACUUGGAGGAACAUCGUACAAAACCAAGGUGUGUGAUCGUUCAACCUCUCCUCACUGGAAUGAAGCUUUCGACUUUCUGGUUCAUGAUCCCAAAAAGGACAUACUUGUCAUUAAGGUGAGGGUAUUGUAGUCAGAAAUGCAAUUAACUCUUUCCUCGACAGCAUUUAAAAAAAAAAGUUGCCAGUCAUCACUGCCAUUUUUGAUCAAACAAACAAAAAACAUUUUAUUCUAGCUUCAUUCAUUCUUUUUUUUAUCAACACGUAAAUGUGCUCAAGUGUAAUAAAAAAGCAACCUUUUGAACAAAAAGCUGAGAAAAUCAUGCAUGUCUGGAAAGCAGAUGGAGUAGAUCAACACCCCCAACUCUUCACAGUCCUAAAGUUCAUUCUGGGUAUACUUUUCAGUAAUUAAUAUUAAGCAGUUUAGAUUUAUAUGCUGUUUAAUGUUGAUGAUUGCGUUAUUUUACAUAAGCAUCUGCUGACAUACGCUAUCGCUUGUUUCUGCUUAUUUUUCACCUGUGUUUUGAUGAGGAGAUUAGGUACUGUUUUAGAAGAUGCAUAAGCAUAAUAGUGCCCCCUACCGUAUAUCAGUCAAAACAUAGAUUGGCGAAAAUAUGCAUAGAAUGUGUCCUAACCCCCUCAGACCUAAAUUUUGUUUCAAGUUUCUGAAAAUUAUAAAAGUACAUUUUCCCAGCUCAUGAGGUUUCUAUAAAUGAAAACAAACGAAAAAAAAAAAAAAAUUAUAUAAUUGCUUUCAUUGUGAUUUUUUUUUUUCUCCAUUCCAAUGGACAUCAGGUCAAAACAGGUGUACUUUCCAAAACUGUACCAACAUGAAAUAAAUUAAUAAACAUAAAAUUUGUUGGUCUAUA